CACGACACCAUGAUGAUGAAGGGUGGAGCUGGACGCGAUGAAUGAGAGGAUCUCCGUCAUCACGGGGUCGGCCCCCCUGGUUCCCCUCUGCAGCGGAUGAGAGAACCCCGGGGAACGCGGCGCCCCUGUGACCGGAGGAGGGCUGGCUUCUCCCCGGCUGCUGACCUCCUGCUCCGGGGACAGAUCCUGCCACCACCCGGCGUCACCUCUCCUCCCGCGGGCUGAGAGCCACGGAGCCCAUCGAUGCGUCCGGCGGCCCCUGAUGCUCUCCAGUGCUCCGGGGCUUUCCGGUCGGUGGGAGAGGCUCGAGCCGCGGCCGCGCGCUAGGAUGCUGCGCCAGGUGUUGCACGCGGGCCUGCGGACCUCCUUCCACGCGCUGGGCCGGUUCGUGGCGAGCCACCCGGUGUUCUUCGCCUCGGCGCCCGUGCUCCUCUCCAUCCUGCUCGGCGCCAGCUUCAGCCGGUACCGCGUGGAGGAGGACGUGGAGAACCUGCUCGCACCCAAGCACAGCCUGGCCAAGAUCGAGGGCAACCUGGUGGACAGCCUGUUCCCGGUGAACCGAUCCAAGCACGCGCUCUACUCGGACCUGCAGACGCCCGGUCGGUACGGGCGCGUGAUCGUCACCAGCCGAAAGGGGAGCGUGCUGGACCCGGGUCACCUGGACAUCAUACUGAAGCUCCACAGGCGGAUCUACCAGAUGCAGGUGACGGUCCCGGCCUCAGGCCUCAACAGCUUCAACUACUCCUUCUCCUACCUCUGCCUCCCGGACGACAAGAACGUCUGCAUCAUCGAUGACAUCAUCCGCGCCAUGGAGGAGAUCCAGUCAGCUCGCGCCUCCAACAUCUCCGCCCCGGUCCUGCGCUACCCGAUCACGCAGCUGGCGGACGGGCGCCAGGCGUACAUCGGACACCAGCUGGGCGGGGUGCAGGGGUGGGGUCCCAGCGGGGCGGUGCGAGGUCUGGGGACGGGGGGCAAAGGCGAAGGCGUGCGCUCUGCCCGGGCGCUGCAGCUCACCUACUACCUCCAAGCCCGAGGCGGCCUCAUGGACCGGGUGGCCGGCCAAUGGGAGAAGGCCUUCUGUGCAGAGUUGCAGCACUUUGCGGCGUUGCACCCGAAGAUGGGGCUCUACCCCUCCACUUCCUCUUCUCUGAGGACAGACUUCCAGUUCUCGUCGGUGUUGGCACAUCGCCCCCUGUUGGUCAGCUUGGGGGCGUGCGGCGUGUUGGCCGUCCUCUGCUGCUCUAUGAGGGACUGCGUGAGGUCCAAACCCUGGUUGGGACUCCUGGCUUUGCUGUCGAUCACACUGUCGGGCCUCACUGCUGCUGGGAUACUGAACCUGACCGGGGCCACCUACAACUCCACGUACCUGGGAAUCCCCUUCGUCAUGCUGGGUCACGGGCUCUUCGGCUCCUUCGAGAUGCUGUCCUCGUGGAGACGGACGCGGGAGGACCAGCACGUGAAGGAGCGCGUGGCGAGCGUCUUUGAGGACGUCAUGCUGCGGUUCUCCGGCUCCACCAUGCUCCACCUGAUGACCCUGGGCCUGGCCGCCUCGCCGCUCACCAACAUGGAGGCCGUCAGACUGUUCUGCCGCACCGCCGCCUUAGCCGUCACCAUCAGCUAUGUUUACAUGUUGUCCUUCUACAGCUCCUGCCUGGUGUUCACCGGCUACCUAGAGACGGGAUACCGACACGGCUGCUUCUGCCGGAGAGUCCCCAAACCGGACCGGCUGGACUCUAAACCGGCCUGGUACAGGUGUCUGAUGUACACCCGCUACCAGGACGAGACUCAAACCACCACUGCACCACACGGGGUCGCACACAGUCACGCCCCCCCACCGAAUCCUAACCUGACGCACACGCACACACACCCUCACACCGCAAACAACCACAACUCACACGGACACGAACAUGUGGAGACCGCCACGCACGUACACCCUCCCUCGCACACACAGUCCACGCUCAGCGCGGAGCCUCACCCUCAGGACUCUCACCUCUUGCUGGGGUGCGUGAGGCGCUGCUAUGGGGACUGGAUCACAAACACUUACGUCAAACCCUUUGUUGUUCUGCUCUACCUGGUUUACAUCUCCUUUGGAUUGAUGGGCUUUCUGCAGGUGACGCAGGGUUCGGACCCCAGUGCGCUGGUGGCCAUGGAUACAACGACAGUAUUGUACACCCGGGCCCAGCAGCGGUAUUUCAGCUCGUACUCCCCCGUCAUUGGAUUUUAUAUCUACGAAAGCGCCCCCUACUGGAAUGCCUCAGUGCAGCGGGACCUGCUGGAAUACGCCAAAGGCUUCCAGAGAAUCAGCUGGCUGGAGGCGUACCUGAACUACCUGUCGGACCGCAACCAGUCCACCAGCCAGCCGCGGGAAAACUUCACCCACACGCUCCGCCACGCCUUCCUCCACGAGCCGCAGUUCGCCCACUUCGCAGACGACAUCAUAUUUGCGGAGCGCGGUCAGGGCGAGGAGCCGGACGUGGCGGCGUCGAGGAUCUUCCUGGUGGCGAAGACGACGGAGAACAAGCGUGAGGAGAUGUCGGUGCUGCUGGACACGCUGCGGCGCUUGUCACUGACCUCGCGCGUUCGCUUCCUGAUCUUCAACCCCUCCUUCGUCUACCUGGACCGCUACGCUGCCGCGGUGAGCUCCCCCCUCAGACACUCACUGCUGGCGGUGCUCUUCCUGUUGGGUCUGUCCUCGCUGGCCGUGGUGGAGCCGCUGGUCUCCGUCUGGCUGGGCCUCACCCUGCUCUCCGUGCAGUUCGGCGUGCUGGGCUUCAUGACCUUGUGGGGCGUGGAGCUGGAUUGCAUGUCCGUGUUGUGUCUGAUCUCGGCGUUGGGCCACUCGGCGGACUGCAGCGGGCCCCUCCUCUGCGGCUUUGCCUCGGGCCGGGGCGAGAGCAGGACUCGCUGGGUGAGAGUGGCGCUGGAGCGACACGGAGUUCCCUCGCUACAGACGCUCAUCUGCUACGGCGCCGCCCUGGUGCCGGUCGGCUCCGUGCGGUCCAACCUCACACACACACUGUUCCGCUGCCUCACCCUCACGGCCGGAUGCUCGGCGCUGCACACGCUGGCGUUCCUGCCCACCCUCCUCACCUUCCUGCCCCCCUCCAAGACCCAGGGCCAAGGGCCCGGAGGCGAGGGGCCGAGACAGGAGGUGGAGUGUGUGGAAAUGAACGACAGCACGCGAGUGGUCGACCAGAUCACCACAGUCUGAUCACACGCUGGUGUUGUGUCUUUCAGGCCCCCGGUUGCGAUGGCGACCGGCGAGCGGUUGAUUGUAGUAGCCGCACACUGCAGACAAGAUGAAGAGAGGAAGAAACGGAGGAGAACGAGGGGAGGGAGAACAGAGUGUGAAGGUCGAGAGAGAAGUGAAGGAGAGUAGGUUACCUGCUUGUUGCUAGCGCUGUGUGGCAUGUUAACGAGGCUCGUUUUCUUGAGUGGCCAAUCAGGAGUCGAGGAUGGGCUGAGGUCAGGCCCCCCGGGAUGUGACCCUGCGACAGAGGAAGUGUUGCACUUUUCGCUCGUCUCCAAGACUUUGCUUUGUAUCCGAUCACAUUGUUUGGCUCCUGCUUUCUGUCCCACAUUAUCAAGUUGCACAAGUUCAGCUACAACGACAUGAGGCAUCAUCUGUAUAACUCCAGUCUUUCUACUUUAAUUCUGGACAAAUAAAAUCAA